UUGGACAGACUUUUUCCGAAUUUUAAAGUUUUGUUUUUCUUCUUUUUGAUUAGGAAACUAUUCAAAUUGGGAUCUGUCCGAUCCUUCCCACUUGUCURCUUCCUACCUAUUCCUCCCCCUCCAGUCUGGGUACUGGGCCAGUCCAUCAGAUUGGCCCUCGAGUGACUCUUCAGACUUCGGGCACAGCAGUGCAUGACACUGCUCACUCGAUCACAGACCAAGGCCAUGGACCGGAAGGCGGGAGAAUCCCUCCUGGCCUAUGAGGAAUGCCUGGCGGCAUUCAUUCAGGAGGCCAACGAUAGGGCCGCCGCCGCGGCCAAGGAACGUAAUCGGCUCGAACAAGAGGAGGAGGCCAAGCGACAGAAGGAGGAACAGGACCGACUUCGUCAAGAAGAGGCAGACCUGCAGGCGGCAGCCGAACACCGGUCACGCCAGCGGGAACGACUGUUCACGCGGGAGACCGUGAUCGGCGAUGAGGCCGCACAUUGGGUGGAAGUGACAUGUGCAGACGGGGCCUCGGAGACUGAGAAAGGGUUGUCAGCCCUUGCGCAGGUCUCCCACGACCUCGUGGCCACCUGCGCUCUGCAGCAGGAGGAAAUCCUUCACCUGCAGCAGACCGUGGACCAGAUGCUCGCACGGCUGCAGGCGUUGGAGAAACAGCCAGCUGCUGUAGCAGCCGCAGGGCCUUCCACCCUUAGCACCCGUGUGCAAGUUUUGGAGGAUGACGUCAGCAACAUCAAGCGUGUGCAUCAGCACUUCCGGACGUCGCAACAAGCAACGAACUUGCAGUUGGAGACGCAGGUCCAGGCUGCUGCCACCGUGACGGCCGCCGCCGCAUCCUCCCGGCGCCCACCCAAGCUGGAUGACAUUCCCGUCUUCUGCGAUCAGUCCAAGACGGAACCGAUCCCGUGGUGGCGCCAGUUUACUCUCAGGCUCGACAUGCACCAUGUCCCGAACAACGAUCGACAUCCGUGCUUGUWCCACCGAUCUGGUGGUGCGUGUCAAGCAUGGCUGGACAACAUCUUGACCAGCCACGGCGUAGCAGUGUCGGAACUACACACCAAGCUCACUUGGCAGGAGUUGACCGACGCCUGGCACAAGCGAUUCCAAGUGGAGCCGCCCGACCUGCAAGCGAUGGACAAGCUCAACAAGCUCCAUCAGAACACGCUGCUCAGUCAGGACUGGAUUACCGAGUUCCAAAGACUCGCCUCCACACCURACCUGCCGCUCGCAUUCUGCGCCAUCAAGCACGUGUUUAUCAUGCGCUCGUGUCCAGCUCUACAAAACGCGCUGACGCAAAUUGCAAAGACACUCGACACAUCUUACAAGCUUUUCAGCACAGCGUCACGGAUCAUUCUCACGAAUAUCGAAGCCCGCAACGCCAGCCGAUCUUCCGCGACGACGAGCGACACCCAGCCCAAGCCAAAGGUGGCUUGCAUUACUUCUACCGAGGCUGCAACACCAAACGAGGGUGAAGUGUUGGCAGCUGCCCGGGAUGGUGGCCGACCGCGCAACAACCACGGCCGCGACAAGACGAAGACUCAGUCCACCUCUACACCGAGGCCCGGAUCAGCCGCCGACGAACCUUGGGCACAAUACGGACUCUCGGCGAAUUCUUAUCGCAAGAGACUCAAGUACCGUUACUGCCUUUGGUGCAACAGCACCAUCCACGAUGCUGCACAUUGCCCCACCAAAGGGAAACCCCGUCAGGGAAACAUUCUGCAUAGCAACUCAAACAUCGUACAGGCUAUCAGCUGUGACGAGGCAUUCAUAGACACCACUGGCCUUGGGGACCCAGAGGCAAUUGCUCUGAAGAUUAGGAGGGAGAUCGAGGAGAUGACGGGUUGCACUGCCAGUGCGGGGAUAUCACAUAACAUGCUUCUUGCGCGAAUGGCAACACGCAGAGCGAAGCCCAACAACCAGUACUAUCUUCAUGAAGAUGAGGCUGAGGAGUUCAUUUCUGAGCUGGAAGUGUCCGAUUUACCUGGAGUUGGUUGGUCUCUGAAAGAACGCCUCAAGGCAAAAGGCAUCAACCUAUGUAAGGAACUCAGGCGUCUCUCUAAGGAGGCUCUGCAGCGUGAGUUUGGAGUGAAGACUGGCGAUAUGCUGUGGGCGUAUGCACGGGGAAUCGACCACCGUGAAGUCAAAUGCGUGCAGGAGCGAAAGUCCAUUGGCGCAGAGGUGAAUUGGGGAGUGCGCUUCACGAAAGAAGAAGAUGCCCAUACUUUCUUAUCUAACCUGGCAGAGGAAGUGUGUGGACGCUUAUCGAGUGCACAGCUGAAGGGCCGCACAUUUACAUUGAAGGUCAAAAAGAGAAAACCUGGUGCACCAGAGCCAAUGAAGUUUAUGGGUUGUGGUAUAUGUGACAACAUCAGCAAGUCAACAACGCUUGGAAUCGGAACAGACAAUGCUGAGGUUGUACUGAGAGUGAUUCGACAGCUCUUCAAGUCAUUGAAUCUUGAUCCUGUGGAAGUGAGGGGUCUUGGCUUGCAGGUAACAAAGCUGAUGCCAUCCAAGGGUUCUUCUGCUGCUUUGCCAUUUUCUGCCGAUCCUUCAAAGAAAGCAGCGGAAGGACUGCAGUUCACGAGUGAGGAGUCUCCCGUUCCUUCAAAAGAUUUCAAGGAUGCCGGAGCCGCCAAACACCUUGAAGCUCAUGAACCAUCCAAGCCUCCACUGCGCACGGUUCAAGACUUCUUCACAAUGAAGCGAAGAGAAGAUGAGAAAUCGCUAACGUCGACAGAUGCGACAAAGGCAAAGAGUGAGUCAGGAAUGCGUGAGGGGGUGAAUUGUGUGACCCUGCCAGAGAAAUGGACCACCCUAAGCAGAGGGGUUGAGCAUCUGAGCAUGGGAAGUGGUAGAUUUAAUGAACUGUCUAACGCAGAUUCGAUGGCAUUGGGAGGGAGUAUCGUCAAUGCACAGGAUGAUUGUUUGCAGGUACAAGGUGGAGGAAGCCUCGGAUGUAAUACGAAACAGCCAAGGGAGGAUUCUGCACAUCAAGUACAAUCUAUCAAUGAGGCCAUGGGUUAUGGAAUGGAAGAGAUGGUGAUGGAUGAAGCAGAAGUGCUGAAGGAGGAAUGCACAACCAUCACAGAGGAGCAUGCCAUUGGGAACAACCGUCCAGGGCUGAAAAGCAGCGAUCACCGCUAUCCAGAGGGUGAAGAUUCUGCAUGCAGGAUGGGAAAUAUCAGGGCACAUGCAAGGCCACUUGAAAAUCUUGCUCAAGUACAAUAUACCGAUGAGGCUGGAGCAGGCGGGGAGUCGAGAGCAGAAGACAUGGUCGCUGGCAAAGGCAAAUCGUUAAAGGGGAACCGUAGGACGGCGAUGGAGGAGGAUGUCACUGACUGCUUAGGAGAGAAAGUCGGCAAUCAUAGCUGCAGAGAAGAAAAUGAGCCGGAUUCCGAACAGAGGGUGGGAGCAUGGAGGGUGCAUGCAAAAGCACCUGAGAGUCUUCCCGGUGCUGCUGGGAAUCAGCAAGAAAGGACUGGAUAUCCCAUGGUCAUUCCCCAAGCAGGUAAUUUGAUGCGCCCAAAAGGCUUAGAGGAUCUUAGCAUCAUUUCAGGGGAGCCACAACUUUCGCGAGGCGCGCAGAUGCAACAGGAAAUAGACCAGAAAGAAGCGCAAACAGAGGUCAUGCCAAGGGAUGAAGAGAGAAGAGAGGGCGACAAACCUUAUCGCAGUUGUGUUGAUGAAGCAGUGAAGCGUAAUACUCAUUCUGGCAAAGCAGCUGUCGAGGAACAAAGGGCGCAGCAUCUCGAUCGAGCCACUCAGAGCUGUUCUCCCAGGCACUUCACAGGAGAUUGCACACGAGAAGCGGAAGCAGGUGGUACUAGUGGUUUUCGAAGAGAGACACACGAUGAUGGCAGUUGGCAGGCUCCCGCUGUGCAGCAGGAUGGAGGAGUGGUGACGCCCGCGAGUGCAGGAAGGGGUAGCUCUUGGCUUCCUCCCAUUUCACAGCUGGAUAAGUCUGUUCUCGCAGAUCUCCCUCCUGAUUUGAUCGCUGAAAUCGAACAAGAGUACGAUCGCUCACGCACCACAGGAUCGCGAUCUUCAGCAGCACACGAGCGUACGAUGGCCGAGAAGGAACACACAAUUGGUGCGGCAGCGGAGCUUGAGAGGAAAACACAUCCUUCAGUUGAAGGCAUGUCAAUCAGUCAGGUCGAUAUUGGCAUUCUCAAGGAACUCCCCGACAUGCUUCAGCAAGAGAUUGUGGACAAUCUCAGCUCGCAUCGCGGACGCGAUACAGGUGAAGAAACGGCUGCAAAGAGAUUGCAAACAGAUGACCAGCACGGUAGUCGAAAUGGGGUGGACGCCCACAAGGACGAUGGCAUGGGGGGUCCGCUGGAUCCGGCUGGCCAGGAUGCUCAGGAGAGAGGCCAAGAAAGAAUUGAUGCCUUGCCUCCAGCUUCACAGGUAUUACUAUUGGAUGCAGAACUUGUCUCUUUUUCACCAUGUAAUCCAAAAUACUGAAUGUUAUUUUCUCUCUUGUGUGUGCCAAUAUUGAUCGAGAUGCAGAAGGCCAUUUGACAUUGCGAU